AUGGUCGGAACUUGGAGCUGGAAGGUCCCAGCUGACGAUGUCUGUGGAAUAUGUCGAGGCCCAUUCGAUGGUUGCUGUCCUGAUUGUAAAAUUCCUGGUGACGAUUGUCCAUUAAUUUGGGGAAAAUGCACACACGUCUUCCACAUGCACUGUCUCAUGAAAUGGAUUCAGACAGAAACAUCAAGGAAUUUAUGUCCAAUGGAUCGUCGGCCGUGGGAGACUGCUACCUCAUAA